UAAUGCGAAGACGAGUUUUGAAAAGAAUCAUCACCAGAAAUGGCGAAGAAAUUGUCCUACACGACGCCGCCGUGUCACCUACUCUGUCGCGACAAAGCAGUGCCGAUAUAUCAGACAUAUCUGAGGAUGAAGGUGCCAAACGACUUUCCCCGCUUGAUUUAACAAAAGGGUCUGCAACGGACCAUGGUUCCCAAACUAGAAUGGCCGCCUUACUUCCCAGACCUAUCAUCCCAGUUAGCUUAAAUUCGAACCCAGAGGACGGUAGAUCUAAAACUGACAGUCCGCCACAAAAGCGCCGACUGCGGCCUUUAACUCCCUGUAGAACGGAAGUCAUAUACACCGAUGAGUCUGGAAUAGAGAGGAGAGAUACAGAAGGUUUUGAUUCACCGGAUUAUCCAGAACCAAAAUAUAAAAUCAUCAUUGAUGAUCUUCACGCUACUCCUAAGAUGGACCUGAAUCGCUCACUUGUUGAUGACACAACAAAAGACACUCCAGAUGACUUCAAAUUCCCACAAACACCACAGAGUUAUGAGAAUAGAGAUCCCGUCGAUUCAGCUGAUGAAGAGACCUGUGCUGAAGAUGACCUUAAUGAUGUUAAGAAUACCAAUGACGAAGAUGAUGUUUUUACGUGGGAUAUCCCUAACCCAAAACUGCCAGCAAAGAGAACUAUGUCAGAUGACGUUAUUCAACGAUCGCCUGGACACGGGUUCUUUAAAAGCAAAUCAGUAAUGCAUGACCACUCAAGAAAUGUACAUUCUUCAAAGAUAACGACUUUGAAAUCAGCUAGUUUGCAGAAAGCCUGUUUUUACAUAAGUAACAAGGCUUUCUCGCAAAGUUUCAAUUCGACAUCAGAGACCGAUAACAAUGAUUCACCGGGUUUUAAUUUCAAUUCAUUGGAUAUUAGUCGACCAGGGUCCAUUAAUUCGGAUAAUACUGACGAGGUAUCCGAUCAUCAGGAUGCCGAUUUAGAAUUGACCGAAAUUAAUUCCACAACAAAAAACGCUACAGGAUCUUCUGAUUCAGGAGAUGCAGACGCCAUGGAGUACGGGAGUAACGAUGAUAAUGAAAACUACUUAAGAAAGUCCUCUAAUACUACUUCUAAACAGAGACGGAGUAAUUUACUCCGACAGGCUACGUUACAUUGUUCCCCGACAUUAUCCGAUAACACAUCAAAAGAAUCAAGCUGUGACCCAGUAAGUUUAGUUCGGUCUAGAAUAAAAGUAGACAAAUCUACACAAGUAAAAUAUGAUGAAAUAAAAGCUGAAACUGGGUGGAAUUCCAGAAUUUAUACUCUCCACCGAAGAAACUUGGAUAAUUCUUCGGAAAUAUCCACAGCGACGACGGGAUCAAACGAAAACACAAAUCGCAAAUUAGCAGCGUUGCAACAACUUCUCGUGAACAGUCACCAUUCAUUCUUUCGUCCAGUGUUUGAGGAUACAACUGAUUUUGGACGAGUAAUGCAUCAAAAUGAAUUGUGCGAGAUUAGCAACAUAGAAAAUCCCAGUCUAGACAUUGGUGAAAACCGGUCUCGACAAUCCACAGUGGAAACAAUUGAUAGCGGUAUCGACGACAGUCAAAGAGAAAUUAGUGCUGGUGGGGUGAUCAACGGACACAGACGGCUGUCGCGACAUACAUAUCCCUGGGAGAUCAACUUGGACCCAGACUUGACUAAAGGCAGUAGCUGCAGCUCGAUGUCACCAGAUGAAGAAGAAGGCAGAUUCCGAAUGUCUAAAUAUAUACAUGCUGCUGUUAACCGAAGCAUACAACAUAUACUAUCCCAAGGAUCCGACACAGAUUCUCCUGAAGUUGUCUCGUCGCCUGGCAUCACCGAGGAAGGCAGUUUAUCCGAUUCAGAAGUCUCAUGCCUCAACAGUUAUGAGCGACGAAGAAUCUUCAAACAUCAACGUAUGCAACGUCAAAUAUCAAGUAACUCCAGUUCUGGCAGUGUUAAAGCUUUUGAUAAUCUCGGCAUGAAUAUCUCUUUGCAAGGAAAGCGGUUCAAAUUUAGAACCUUGACAGUUAAUGAUGGCGACUGCUUUUUUAACAGUCCUAUGAGCAGCAAACCAUCUGAUCAACUAUCUCCAGAACAAAAUGUUCGCCUUUCGACAGUCAGCAAGGGGGAAGAAAUAAGUAUGGACCGUCUAUCUCCAUGUAAAAGAACCGUGUCGUGUAGCUCAGAUGAUAGUUAUUGUGGAUUUGGAUUAUCCAAGAGUCAACGAAAAGAUUUUCUCGGAAACCUGGCUAAUUUUCAGAAUCUUAAUGUAAGUUCCUGUGACCAAUCUCAAAGUAUAUCACGGGACGCGAGUCCAAAUUUUGGGGAAGAGGUCAGGGCUUGCGACAAAGAGGUUGAGCGGGUGACUUCAAAAUCUGACUUGGAUAGAUUUAUUCCAGAUCCGUAUGAGAUAACCAAUAUGUUAUCAGAUAGUGAUAACCCAUUUGAUAGUGAUAAUGGUCAGAGCAGUGAAGUCUUUAUUAAAGAGUUCAUAGACAAUAAUUCACAUCUCUUAUCUCAGAAGAGUCCAAUCGAAGUAGUCCCUAGUGCCUUGAUCCAGUUCAGUGCUGAGAAUAUCUAUGCUUUUGGAUCUGGUUUAUUAUUUGGUGCCGUCGACGUGAAAAAUCACUUUCAGGUUUAUGCUGAACGAUCGGAUAAUGGUUGUUUAACGGUGGGUAUGUAUGGACCACGGCCACACUGUGUGGUAGAGACGGCAGUCAACUACACCGGAAGUGAUAUAUAUGAAAUAACCUACCAAGUCUCAAUACCGGGACAAUAUGUUAUAUCAGUUAAAUGGGCUGACAAAAAUAUACCUAAUAGUCCAUUUAUGUGCAGUGUAGAAUAAUUAAAUAUUUACUGAGGGCAGUGUUUCAAUCAAAACAUUCCUGAUUUGGACUUUGAU